CAAGCAGCUUGAAGUAAUCAGAACCGCCAACGAUAAUUCUUUUUUACUAACUAACGUUAUAUAAUAUAAACUAGAUGUACUUAAUGACUAACAGCAAAAUUUACUAUGGAACUUCCGUGAUCUUGAAACGGUUGCACUGAAGACGUACAAUUCCCGCCAUAAAAUUUUUUGUAUUUACAGCAACUCAAGAGCUGUGCAAUUGUGAAUGAACAACAGUCGUUGCUCAGUGUAUAGUGUGCAAAAUAUUUAUUUAAAUAAAAGUUUGUCAAUUUGUUUAAAUAUUAUUAUAUAGUACUUAAAAUUAUUGUUAGUUGUGUAUCGUUUCCUUCGUAAACACCACGCAAUUCUAUACAUAUUGUAACAGUACUUUUUCGAUAACCUUAUAAUGUCUGAAAAGGUAAUAAGAAGAGCACCUAAGAAAAAAGGAGCAUAUAAAUUGCCAGAUCCGAUAUCCGUCGGUGAGAUAUUAAUAGAUAUGGCAAAAAAGCAAUGGAUUCUUGGCAAGUCGAUCGGUAUCGGAGGUUUUGGUGAAAUUUAUUCCGCUGCACCUUAUAAUGGGAAAACUCCAAAAGAAUAUACUAAUGUAAUUAAAAUUGAACCACAUGGAAAUGGACCAUUGUUUGUAGAAAUGCAUUUUUAUAUGAGAAAUGCUAAAUCAGAUGAGAUUAAUAGUUGGAAACAGAAAAAGAAACUUGCAACUCUUGGUAUGCCACAAUAUAUUGGUUCUGGAAGUCAUGAAUAUAAAGACAUAAAAUAUCGAUUUGUAGUAAUGGAUCGGUAUGGCACAGAUUUAUGGAAACUGUUUGAAGCAAAUAAUAGAAGAUUUCCAGAACACACAGUAUACAAAAUAGCUUUACAAAUAGUAAAUGUAUUAGAAUAUAUUCAUUAUAAAACAUAUGUACAUGCAGAUAUAAAAGGAGCAAAUUUACUGUUAGACUUAAAAUCUCAAAAUCGAGUUUAUCUAGUAGAUUUUGGAUUGGCUUCUCAUUAUACUACAAAAAAUGAAUAUAAACUAGACCCAAAAAAAGCACAUAAUGGAACCAUUGAAUACACCAGUAGAGAUGCUCAUAUGGGAGUACCGACAAUGCGCGGUGAUUUCGAAAUUUUGGGUUACAAUAUGAUUCAGUGGUUAUGCGGUUCACUCUUAUGGGAGAAAGAUUUAUCAGACCCAGUUACAGUACAAAAGCAGAAAGAAAGAGCUUUUGAUAAUAUUUCAGAAUUUUUAGAUAAGUCUUUCCAUAAAUCAGUUCCAAGUACUAUAUAUAAGUACAUGACUUUAUUAGCAAGUAUUAAGUUUAAUGAAACACCAGAUUAUGAAAAGUUUAAAAAAAUACUGACCGAAGGAUUAAAACAAUUAUCACAUAAACCAGAUGGAAAACUGGAAUUUAACAGUGAUGUUAAUUCUCAGAAUGAAGUAAUUCCAAAAUCUACUCCACAAAAAGUGAAAAAAACUAUCGAGAAAAAUAGGAGAAGUCCUCGUAUACAAUCAAUAAAAAAUUCAAGUCCUAUGAAAAACCUUGAUGAUAGUACUGUAGGAAUUGUAAUAGAUAAAAAACGUGGUGGUUUAAAGGAUAUUAAACUAGUAUUGAAUGAGAUUGAUUCUGAUGAAGAAUAUGAUAUAAAAAUAAUUAAAAAAGCAAAAAGGAUCCCCAGUUCUGUAAGUAAAUAUAAUGAGAAGAGCCCAGUUAAAAAAAAUCCAGUCAAAAAGACUUCAGUUAAAAGCAAGGAAAGAAUUAAUAGAAAUCGCAUUAUAGAAUCAGAUUCUGAACCAGAGAUUACAUCAAAAGGUACUAAAUCACGGCCCAACAAUGUUCCAAGCGUAUCACUUAAAAAUACAAGAAGUCGACGAAAAAAUGUACUAAUGGAUGAAAGUGUUUCUGAUGAAGAUAUGUUUAGUACGUAAUUUUAACGUAAGUGUGAAAUAAAUGUGUAUGUUUCAAAUGCGUUUAUACGCAU